CAGACAUAGCUAUUCCUUUACUUCCAUGGGACUAUUAUACAGCACUGACUGAGCAAUGCAAAUGGAGCCGCGCAGCAGCAAUUCGGAAGAUUUCCCUGUUAAUGUAUUUUCUGUGACUCCCUGUCAAUCCAGAACCCCCGGAGUCCAGGUGUCAGAUGGUGACAAGGCUGGGGCCACAUUGUUAUUCUCAGGUGUCUUUUUGGUUCUAGUGGGCAUAACUUUCACAAUAAUGGGCUGGAUUAAAUAUUAUGGCACCAGUGAUUUAGAAUGGACACAGUUACUAGGACCGAUUUUACUUUCUGUGGGGGUCACUUUUGUUCUGAUUGCUGUUUGUAAGUUUCGAAUGUUAACUUGCAAAACUUGCAAGCAAAUUAAUGAGAGUGCAUUGGAGCCUGAGCAGAUGCCAUGUGGACAAUCAUUUGUUUUUACAGGAAUUAAUCAACCUAUAACUUUCCAUGGAGCUACUGUUGUACAGUAUAUUCCGCCUCCAUAUGCAUCUCCUGCCCAGGAUGGCAUUACCAUGAACACAACCUGCUUGCAAUCGCUGAACAAUGCUCAGAGCACUAAUCCAGCUAAUGGCAAUACCGGAACAAGCCCAUGCCCUCCACAGUACUACACCAUCUACCCUCUGGAUAGCACAGCUUUUGCAGGAGAUGACAAUUGCCCACCUUACCAAGGACCAGAGCACGAAAUAAUCAGGACUGAGGAAAGCCAAGAUGAAUCAGAAGCCACGUUAACUGUCGAUGAAGUUCCUGACAGCAUUCCACCCCCUUCUUAUGAUGAAAUCUUUCCCGUAGUGAGUGAGGGUGCAAUAGAACGUUAGCACUGUUGAAUUUGUCAAGCUACAGUAUGUGACUGAAACAUGAUCAUGAUUACUGUUCACUUAGCCUAACUUAAUUCCCAUCCAACUUUCCAUUCCAUGUUAUUGAGAGGUUUAUGAUAUUGCUAACUGUAAACAUACAAACAUAAAUGAUUCUUUAUAGCAUACAAUAUGGAAUAGUGGAUACUGUCCUCAUGAGCUGUUAAGUCGUUAUGGAACAUAUCUUUUUUCUCAUUUGACAAGUAAGUUGGCUAUACAAUCUAGAAAAUACAGAUCCUAAUACUGAACAUGCACCAUUUCACUUCCACAAUUUCUGAAGCAAUCUGAACUUUUUUAGUUGAGUGAAAGAAAAAUAUUCAAUCAGGACUAAGCUGUUAUAAUGCUGAUUUCAUGCUGUUCAGGCAGCUACUUCAGAGAUAACUUGAAUAAAUGCCAAAUAAUUUUGCUCAUAAAGUUAGGCAGCACACAAAACAUUGUCAAAAUGGGUCAGUUAAGAUAUUAUGAAUUUUCUUUUACAGGCUAAUACUUGGAGAUACUAUUCAAGCAUAUAAUUGAAGCAUGUGAUAAACUGCUUUUUUUUACUAUUUGUUCAUUGGAUCUGAACAUCACUGGCAAGGUCAUUGCUAAUGCACAUACCUAAUUAUCAUUGAGAAGGUGACUUUCUUGGGCAACUACACUUUGCAUGGUGUAGCUAGAUCCACAAGUUCUAAGGAACAUAUUACCAGAUUUUGACCCUGCAAUGAUGAAGGAACAGUGAUUUAUUUCCAAAGUCAGAUGGUGUGUGAUUUGGGGAGGAGAUUGCAAAUGGCAGUGUUCCGUUCACCAUUUGUAUUUGUUUUUCUAAGUGGGAGAGGUUUGCUAAUUGGAAGGAACAGUUGAAGAAGAUUUGGUAGAUUCUUGCAAAGCAAGUUGUAGCUGGCUGCCCUCUCUACAUACUUGACAUAUGAGAGUGCACAUUUCAUGGAGUGUAUGGAAGCAAAUUAAGCAGGCAGCUUUGUCCUGGAUAUUGUACACAUUUCUUGGAUAGUUUUGGAGUUGUAAUCAUCCAGUCAAGUGGGAAUAAUCAAUUGCACUUUUUACUUGUGCAUCUAGAUGGUGUAAAAGUCUCUGGGAGGUACGGAAAUGAGUUAUUUGCUGCAGACUUUCUAGCUUCUGACCUCAAUGUUUUAUGGUCUUUUAUGCAUUUCUGUGGUCUCAGUAUUUCUGUGGCUAAUCCAGGUGGAUUUUGAACAAUAGGGACUCCAAGGGUGUUAAUGGUGGGAGACUCGUAAUUAUAAUCUUGUAGAAUCUCCAAGAAGGUGUUUAGCUUCUCUCCUGUUGGAGAUAGCCAAACCCUUGUUUGACAUGAAUGCUAAUUGUCCAAGCUUAAGUCUGAGGCUUUGCUCAAACCUCAAUAUUGUUCAGGUCUUGCUGCACACAGGAAUGGAUCAUUUCAGUAUUUGAAAAGUUACAAAUGUCACUGAUGACAGUGUCAUUAUUAGCGAAUGUCUAUACUUCUGACCUUGUCAUGGAGGAAAGCUCAUUCAUGAUGGUGGUUGGGCCUAGAACAUAGCAAGAGGAACUCCUAGGACUGAGAUGAUUGAAUUAGCUUUGAAUUAGCUUUAUUGUCACAUGUACACAAAUGAGUACAGUAAAAAGUUUAUAAGUCGCCAUUUACAGUACCAUCUUAGUACAGAGUACCUAGGUACAAUCCUUAGACACAGAACAGAGAAAUAAAGAAAAAAAUGUUACAUUACAGCUAUACACAGCAUAACCACAGGUCAGAAAAAAAAACAAGAAACAUAGUUAAAAAGGCAAACAUCACAGUGUCUCUCCAAGGCCCUCUGCAGCAAACCAACGCAGGAAACCUCCACAUGGUUUGACCACUGUCUGCUGUCACAGUCCUGCUUCAGGCCACUACCCUCACUCCACACUGGUCACCAGCAUCCCCGCUCUGGCCACUGGUCACUGACGUCCCCGCUCCAGCCACUGGUCACUGAUGUCACCAUUCAACACUGGUCUAUUAGAGAGAGCUCAAGCAAGCCAGCCUGGAAAGGAACUCUUUGGCUGUGUUUUCUUGGGAUUUAUCCUGCUCCAAAAAUCUCCUUUGUAAGAAGUAUUAAUCAACUUCUGAAAUGUCAGAGAAGACUGAAGCAAAGAAGAAACUUCAUAAGAAUUUAGGGAUCUGCAAGUGUAACAAAAUGGACAAGGUUGUGGAACAGGGAAGAAACUACCACAAAAAAAUCCCGGGACACAAAUCGUUUCAAACCUUCUGCAAACCUUACGACUAACAUAGCUGAAAAAUGUUGCUUCAAUAAUUGUUUCCUUUCCUUUUUGCAUUAUCGGUUUUUGUCAUUAAUAAUAUUGAUAUUAGAUCACCAAGUUGCAGAAAGCUAACUUUGUUUUAAGAUAAUUCAAAUAUUCACAAUGUAAGCAUCAGAUGCAUUUUGGAAAAUCUGCAGAUAAAUGUGCACCAGAGGUGUUGGCAUUAAUUCAAAUGGUAAGAAAUGGCUUCAUUAAUGUGACAUCCAUUUAUUUUGUUCAUGAUCAAAAAGCACACUUUCUGUAAUCCACCGAUUGUCCCUUAUGUGUUACAAUAUAUGCAAGUAUUUUAAUUAUUGUUUCUGAAACAUCCUCCUUUCUGAAAUAUGUAAACAAAGAGAUAGAUGCUUUUUUAUAAUAUAAAGCAAUGGAUUGUAUGACCUCAGAGUUAUGUUACAGAGAAACCACUGGGAUUUUCUGAUGGCAAUUUUCAAUAAAGUAUCAGAUAAUUUA